AUGAAGGGACUUUUCAAGCCGAAGCCUCGUUCGCCUGCUGACCUGGUGCGCCAGACUCGGGAGCUCCUCAUCUACGUCGACGUCAACUGGAACUCCCGCGACGCAAAGCGUGAGGACAAGGUCGGUGAUCUGUCCCAGGUUGCUUUUUCUGUCGCGUACGAAUGUGCAUAUUUUUGGUACGUGUUGUUGUGUGUUCUGAUUACACGCGUUUCUCUCCUUUGCCUUGCGGCUGUUGCGACGCUAUUUUUUGUCUUGGGAUUCCGCAAUUUACGGCUCCAUCUGUAAAAGGUGGUAGAUACAUUGAGACAUUCUUUGAAAUUUGUAUCUGGGUGCCAUGAACAACUUGAUAUCAGAGCAAUGAUAACGAAUAGAAAUUGAGUUACAUAAAUUAAAAGAGUGCAGAAUUCACAUUUUGACUAUCAUUACAGCGGUUAGAAAGUGAUUCAUCAAUACAGGCGGUAUAAUUAAUCUGGGAUUUCAAGACUUGAGGAAAACUGAUUGUGGUAUAUGAUCUUCGAUGCCAUAUGUUUAAAUGUCCCAUGUGUUUACAAAAAUACCCGUCGUUGUUAUUGAGAUUAGUGGCGUUUUAAUAUAUCUCUAUUUCAUUUAUCAAUGGAAAAUUAUUCAGAACAGAGAGAUCAACUUUUAAGGAUAUAUAUAUUACCUAUUUUAAGGGGCGGAGUAUACCUCAGAAUGUAGUCACUAGUUCAACUGCCACUUCUUUGCUUUCUGGGGAGAUUUUUUUAUGAUACUUUUUGGUUUAAUCAGCGUUAUAUGGAUUAAAUUAAUCGUUGCAUUUUCUUAUCCGGAUUAUAUUUACCCUAACGCUUAUUACUUGUUGUCGCAUUACAACAUAAUAUAUUUCCGAAAUUUUUCUCCAACCCGAUCCUCUUUUGUCUGUGAAUUAACUAAAGUGCAUUCAAAAACAUAAUGGAAGCUCCACUUUGUAUACAUUAUAUGCAGAUGGCAGAAUUAGCUAAACUUCUCAGGGAAUUGAAGUCCAUACUGUACGGCAGCAGUGAAAUGGAACCUGUUCCCGAAGCCUGUGCGCAGUUGACUCAAGAAUUUUUCAGAGAGAACACCAUGCGUCUUCUAAUUGUUUGUCUCCCAAAGUUAAACCUAGAGGUAAAUAUGCUUAUUGUACAAAUAUUCUUUUAAGUUUUAUCUGCACCAAGAAGUUAAUCUCAUCAGUUCGGAGGUACGAGAAGCUGGUUGAUGACUGGGAGCCCGAAUCUUAGCUGAUGCUAGUUGGCUCCUCGAAAAGUCCUUUAGAAUAAUAUAACUGUUUGAGACCACAAAACUACGUUUUUAUCAAUACAGCGAUUGAUAGCAUUUUUUAUCUUACAAAAUUUGUGAUUACGAAGAGAUUUUUUUAUAGGCUCGUAAAGAUGCCACCCAAGUUGUCGCAAAUUUGCAACGGCAACAGGUCUAUUCACGGUUGAUUUCUUCUGAGUACCUAGAGGCAAACAAAGAUCUAAUGGAUCAUUUGAUUGCUGGGUGAGCAAACAUUCUUGCAUUACACAGUUUUUUGAGUUUUUAUGUUAGAUGUCAUUUUCUCUUGCCAGAAUAAUCAUAAAAAAUAGCAUAUGAAUCCUUGAGUUGCCCAUUUAUCAGUUUAAUCAUAUUUUAUUCUGUCGUUCUUUAUUCUGAGUAUUUUUAUGCAGGAGUUGUUUCUCUUAUUAUGAAAAUAUUGCUGAUUUGCGUAUUUUCUAUUAUAAUUAGUAAAGAAAAUUGUAUUUCUCCUUUUUUUGUCUCAUUUUCCAUUUCUCACAUGAUUGGCUGCCAUUAUCAUGUUUAUUGUUAUUAUCUUCAGCACGUUAUGAGAGAACCACUUUCGGUCAUCUAUCAAGUCGUUAUUAUUAUUCUUGUUUAUAUCAGGCACCUUUCUCACUGCAGGUUCGCGGAUAUGGAUAUUGCCUUACAUUAUGGAGCUAUGCUGAGGGACUGCAUUCGGCAUCAGAGUAUAGCAAGGUAUAUUAUAGGGAUUCUUUUGGGAUCUGUGAACAGCAGUAGACCUCUUUUUCGGGGAAAGAGCCUUUAUCUUUUCGGAAACCUAGCUGUACAACCUUAGUGACUCGCGUGACACCACCAGAAUUACCUGACUUAGAAGCUUUUGAUACCCAAGAAAUUUGUCACCUAGCUUCUGAUAAGAAUGAUGAGCACAUAAUUGAAAGAGAAAGAUGAGAACCUAGUUUCACCAGUAUAAUAUAGAGAUGUUAUACUGGUUGAAAUUUGUUGAAACUUAUCUACAACUUUCCUUAGACUUCUGUGUGUUUGUUCAUGAACUUUCUUACAAUAAUAUAGGCUGGGGAUGUAAGGUGGGCAACCACGCAAUUUAAUUUCCAAUGUCUCGCAUUGUCUGGGUAGUUUUCUUGCAAGGCUUCAAGCAGAUAUGUGCUAUCUCACUUCUUAUCAGUCUUUCAUUGAAGUUAUGCACGUUUGCUUUCAAGACAGUGUUUAGUCGGUCCUCAGUUGGUCACAGAUUACCUAGUAUUUGAAACGUCUUAUUUUAGUGGAGGAUAAGGACAUCUGUUUGGUGUAUCCCCUUCAUGGGAACUUGCUCUUGGUGGGAACCUUAUUGGAAUGACAAAAGCAGUGGAGCAGGUGCCAGCGAAGACAAUGAAAUUAGUGCAGUUAGCCCCGAGUGAGCCCGCACUUGUAUCAAAGGAGAGAAAGAGAGAGAUGAGAUUCCUUUGAACCCAAUUCGUCUAACAAGCUGUGCCCCAGUUGCCUUUGCCUUGGAAGAAACUGACUACGCUUCUGGCAGUUAAAUUGAUUAUGAGCAUACCGAUUCAUCGAAUUUGCUCGGCUGCAGUUGCUUCUUGGAAGAAAAAUCCUGGGGAAACUGUUUGGUGAAUGAAUUAUGUACAUAAUGCCUUCUACCUGACAAAAAAUUACAUUUUAAACUAUCAAAGCCAAAACUUGAAGCUUUUAGUGCAGGUCAACAUAAUUUCACACUUGUCCGAAUUGAAGCACGAAAAAAUAUCUCGGUAUUUAUCUUGCAAUAUUUUUCCCAUUUUUUCUUGCUGUUUUAUAUCCAGAUUCUUCUUUUCAUUGUUUGAAGUUAAGUAAAACCAUGAUCAUUUAGAUACGAAGAUAGCUUCCAAUUAUGGAUAUGCAAUAACUGUCAUUUGCACGUAAAAAUAAUCAUAUGCUAUUCUCCGACAGGUAUGUUUUGGAAUCUGAUCACAUGAAGAAGUUCUUUGAUUAUAUACAGCUCCCAAACUUUGACAUAGCGUCGGAUGCGUUUGCAACUUUUAAGGUAGGUCAAGCUAUUGCAUUUUGUUUCUCAAGAAUCUUCUGCUUCCAACCUCUGAUUGCUUAUGAACAGGAAGUCACAUCUCGAGUACAUUUAUAUACCAAAAAUUUUGGUGAGGUUCUGUCAAUAUUGAUAUAGUGUGGGUAUAGCAUCUUGCCUUUCGGUCCACUUUCAAGCGAAUGAUACCAAACGUUUAUAAGUUUUUCGAUGUUAUUGAAACAGAUAUCUUCUUCAGCAGGAUUAGAUUUGUAGAUAAUGUGUUCAUGGUCUGGUUCAUUAUCCUGGAUUCAAAACCGUACCCUAGCCCGGUCAAGUCCAACACCGAGCCAAAUGAUGGGUUUUGGUCAACAGGCACUUGGUAGAAGCCAUGUUUUUACUUUUCCCGAUACUAUCUAAUGCAAUGGUGGUCAGGGAGGGGGAAGACCUUUCGUUGACCAACCAGGAAGUCUUCAUUUCACUCUCGUUACAACAAACCCAGUUUUUCUUGAGGAAGAUAAACCUCUGAUCAAGCCAUGUAACUUGAGGCAUUAGUCUUGCUUAUUCAAUUUUGACUUCUCCCUCUUAGACAGUCCGUGGCAUUUUAAUGUUUUUGUUUUCUGUCCAAGCUUCUGUUGUGAGGUUUUCACCCCCAAUCCAUUUUCUGUUUUGGCGAGGUUGUGCUAAUGCCUCGUUCAUAUUCCAGGAGCUUUUGACAAGACACAAGUCAACCGUUGCUGACUUUCUCUCAAAAAAUUAUGACUGGGUACGUGAUCAUUUAUAUGUCUUACUUAGUGUUAAAUGUUAGCUUCUCAGUAUCUUAGGAUUUCUGGUGGCCAUGAAGAGAUUUUGGCUGGAACUGAUUCAUUGCUGCUGCAUCGAUUAUAUAUGGUGAACAUUACUGUUUUCCUAGAUUCCAAUGUAAUGUCAUCUCUGCCUGGGAGAUGCUACAUUCCUCUCUCGAUGAUUCUCCUGUCUACUACAGAAGGGCUUCUAUGACCGUUUCUUCUUUUGAGGUGCUUGAUGGUUCUUUUCUGCUUCAUCUAAUAAGCACGCUCUUGCGACUUCAAGUGCACGAUUUAACCUUUGAUUUUGACAUGAAAUUAGUCUGUGUCGUCUGUUUUGUUCAUCAGAAAUGAUUGAAUUGCUACCCAUUUGUGUUGUUGUGCAUUAUUUUAGACUUUUAGAUAAAUCAGUAGACUACUCUAGCACCGAUUUAGAAAGAAACUCCAUUGACUAUCGCGCUGUUGUUAUGCUCUAGUUUUUCACAGAAUUCAACUCCAAGCUUCUCGAGUCCCCCAAUUACAUCACUAGAAGACAAGCCGUCAAGGUACGUUUCACAUCAUCAUUAUCAUCAUCAUCAUCAGAUCAGCUGGUGACCCCAAAUCAAUGAAUCAUCCGGCAUUCAUCCACGCUACAAGGAAAGUGAUUUCGGAUACUAUCCAGAAUGACACUUGACAAAAGCCCGGGAUGAUGUGACCAAUGCAGAAAGAAAUAGGACCGAGAACUUUAGGCGGCAUCUCCUAUGAUGUGAUCUCAACCGCUGGAUUAUUUGCUUCUCGUAUUCUACGCGCGUGAUUUCUGAUGAAACAGCAGCUGCUAUUAUAUUUAAUUGAUCUCAAAGAGGACCCCAUCCUUCUGCCUUGCCCUUGCGAUUUUUCAGCUUCUCGGAGAUAUCAUGAUGGAGCGGUCAAACACUGGGAUCAUGUUGCAGUACAUCGGCUCCAAGGACAACUUGAGGAUUAUGAUGAAUCUUCUGAGGGUAUUAAUUCUCAUCUACGCCCUUUCUUUUUCUGUCAUAUUUCCAUUUUCUUUCUUCAUUUCUCCUUUCAUUAUGAUCUGGUAUCCAUAAAUGGCUUUAAAAAUGGUAGAAAAAUACUCCUACCCUUCAAGCUUCCCUGCCCUAAACCCUAAACCCUCAAAAGAUGGAAGAAAACCUGCUCUGGGCUCUAGAUUUGGAUCACCUUUCCCUCUUCUGGCCUUGAUUUCUUGGUCCAAACCCCCCCACCACCCCAAACAAAAAAAAAAAAAAAAAAAAAAGCUAAAGUCUUUACCCUCCCAAGAAACUAACACCUUUUUCCAAGAAUUCUGGAAUCAAUUUUUUUGUCUUAGCCUCCCAAUAUUCCAAAUACCCACAAGUAAAGUGCAUCGCUUUCCAUUUUCGGAAAUUAGAAUCGAAUCGUAUUCAUUCCUUGGCAGGAGACCAGCAAGAACAUCCAGUUGGAGGCGUUCCACGUUUUCAAGGUAUCUCCCAGCAGCAGUAGCAGCAGCUCCUCCGCCUUUAGAUUUAUAUCCGAAUGAACUGUCGUUUAAUGUUCAUUUUCCCAUGGUUUCUUCCUCUUAUUAUUUCCCAGUUAUUCGUCGGCAACCAGAAUAAGCCCCCCGAGAUUUGUAGCAUUCUGGUGGCCAACAAGAGCAAGCUCCUCCGUCUCUUCGUUACCCUAAAAACGGAAAAAGGUCUGGAAUCCUUCAUAUUUCCCGCCCGAUUUCUCUUCCAAAAAUAGUAAAAAAAAUAAAGAAUACAUAAUGAUCAUCAUCUUCUGAUCCUUUUUUUUUUUUUUCUGGGUAAUUAAUAGAGGAUGAGAAAUUCGAAGAGGACAAGGAGCUAGUCGUGAAGGAGAUCGAACAGCUGGAAUCAAGAGACCGCCCCUGA